UUUUAUUAAAAUAACAAAAAAUUUGAACAGUUAUUCUCUCAAGUUCGUGUUCCCUCCUAUAUAUUUGAUACUCUCAAAAUUGCCCCCAAAACUCAACGAUCGCCAUUCGCCAUGGACCUCCUCUUCCUCGAGAAGCUUCUCCUCUCUCUCUUCUUCUCGCUCCUCGCCGCCAUAUUAGUCUCUAAGCUCCGUGGCAAGAAAUUUAAGCGUCCUCCGGGGCCAUUACCGGUUCCGAUAUUCGGUAACUGGCUCCAAGUUGGCGAUGACCUCAACCACCGCAACCUCUCCGACCUCGCCAAAAGGUUCGGCGACAUUUUCCUUCUUCGUAUGGGACAGCGCAACCUCGUGGUGGUCUCGUCACUGGAGCUCGCCAAGGAGGUCCUCCACACCCAGGGCGUUGAGUUCGGGUCCAGAACAAGAAACGUUGUCUUUGACAUCUUUACAGGGAAAGGUCAGGACAUGGUUUUUACCGUUUACGGCGAGCAUUGGCGAAAGAUGAGGCGGAUCAUGACCGUGCCUUUCUUUACAAACAAGGUGGUCCAGCAGUACCGGGUGGGGUGGGAAGACGAAAUCGCGAGGGUCGUUGAUGACGUGAAGAAGAAUCCGGAAGCCUCUGGAUGUGGAAUCGUGCUGAGGAAGAGACUCCAGCUCAUGAUGUACAACAACAUGUAUCGAAUUAUGUUCGAUCGGAGGUUUGAGAGGGAGGACGAUCCUUUGUUUGUGAAGUUGAAGAUGCUGAAUGGGGAGAGGAGUCGUUUGGCUCAGAGCUUCGAGUACAACUAUGGCGAUUUUAUUCCCAUUCUGAGGCCUUUCUUGAGAGGUUACUUGAAGCUUUGCAAAGAGAUUAAGGAGAGGCGAUUUAUGCUCUUCAAGGACUAUUUUCUCGAGGAGAGGAAGAAGCUGGCGAGCACGACGAGAACCGAUAACAAUGCGUUGAAAUGCGCCAUUGAUCACAUUCUUGAUGCUCAGCAAAAGGGAGAGAUUAACGAAGACAAUAUACUUUACAUUGUUGAAAACAUUAACGUUGCUGCAAUCGAGACAACUUUAUGGUCAAUCGAGUGGGGCAUUGCAGAGCUAGUGAACCAUCCAGAGAUUCAACAAAAGCUUCGUAAUGAGCUAGACACUGUGCUAGGGCCAGGUGUGCAGAUCACAGAGCCAGACACCAACAAGCUCCCUUACCUCCAAGCAGUGAUCAAGGAGACUCUCCGACUACGGAUGGCCAUUCCACUUCUGGUACCUCACAUGAACCUCCGCGAGGCUAAGCUCGGCGGCUAUGACAUUCCGGCCGAGAGCAAGGUCCUUGUCAACGCCUGGUGGCUGGCCAACAACCCGGCUCAAUGGAAGAACCCAGAGGAGUUUAGGCCAGAGAGGUUCUUGGAAGAGGAAGCGAAAGUCGAAGCCAAUGGCAAUGACUUUAGGUACCUUCCUUUUGGAGUUGGAAGGAGGAGCUGUCCUGGAAUCAUAUUGGCUCUACCCAUUCUUGGGAUCACUUUGGGUCGUUUGGUUCAAAACUUUGAGCUCUUGCCUCCUCCUGGACAAUAUAAGCUUGAUACCUCAGAGAAAGGUGGGCAAUUCAGCUUACACAUUUUGAAGCACUCCACCAUUGUUGCCAAGCCAAGGGUGUUCUAAUAAUGAGAUGGGAUUUAUGUUUUGUUUAGAGUUACUCAUGAUUUUUGGGUGUUGUUCUAUUGCUUGCAAUUGGUCUCUUUGCCUUAAAAAAAAUAGAUGGGAAAUAGAUUUUGCAUGUGUAAUAUAUUAUGCAAUAACAACCCAUCUUAGCCUUUUACACACGUUCAUGUAACUUGUAAUAUAUUUUAAUGUGUAAUGGUUCAAACCUCAAGGUUGUUAAUUAGCUUCA